AUGAAUAGUCCGUUAAAAUUAGAUAUAGAAAAGGGAAAUUGGUUAAAGAACAACGGUAUAGAAUGCAAAGACAUCAGUAAUUAUGGCGGGUAUAAUUCCUAUGAGUACACCUCGAAACAGGGAAAGCAGACAUUCUUUACUCUUUCAGUUAUCCUUUAUAAUGAUAAAGAACUGCCUGGGAUAGUGUUGUCUGGUCUAUCGAUAAGAAGUGUCGUAACAUAUUUCAAUUACUCCAAUAAACUUUUGGUCACAGACAUAGAAACCAAUGAUAAACAGAUUUAUUUCAUAAAUAUUGAUACUGAAUCAAAUAUAGAAGAUGCAAUAUAUACAAAAUUUGAGAUCAAUAACAACAACAAACUUGCUAAAGAUGAGAUACAUGCAAUAUUACAGAAUAUAGAUGAUAACAAAGGGCUAGAUUUAGUUAUACUUAGAAAUCAGAAAGAAGAUAUUACAAAAAAACUACUUGGAACAAAUGAUAUUAUAUUUGACCUUUCAUACAAACCUCAAGGUAGUGAUGGUAGAUCUCAAGAUACAUACAGAUCUGGUAGUACAAACAUUAAAGUAAACUCUGCUAGCAAGUCCAUUUCCCAAUACCAUAAAGUUAAACAUGAUCUUCUUUCUGAUGGUACAAAUUUCAAUCUCAGGGGUGUCAGACUUAAAAAUGGAUCUUCUAUGAGAAUUUCUGGAGGAUUCCCAAAUGAUAAGAUCAACAAUUUCUUCGUAUACUAUGGCAAAGGAGAUGGAAGCUAUGAUACUCUCCUCCUUAUAACACUUACAAUCUCUACUCAAGGGGCAGAUCCACAUUCUAUUCCUGACAUAUACCUGAUAGUGAAAUCCAAAGGUGGUGAAAAAUGGGAUCUCUACAAAAUAGAACAAUUUGAUGAAGACGGAAAUCAAGACUUUCAAGAGGUACUCAAAAAGGCAUCCAGUUCCGAAAGUAUUGAUCUUAGUUCUCUAAAGGGUAAAGUUAAGAAGAUUUCACCAGAAAAAAGCAUUAAAGAAAUAUCUAUAUCUGAGUUAACUUUAGACCUGUCUAAACCUGAUGGACAGCAGUACCCUCAAGAAAGUACACAGAAAUUAGCUGUAGAAAAGAGUGAUGUAACAAUAGAAAAAUCGACUGGCUUUUGGAAGUUUGAACAUACUAUGACUCCGAACAAACAGUCAUUCAAAGUUAAGAAUGUUACCCAUGGAAUUACUCAGCUUACUGGUAUAUCCCCUCCUGAUCAACUACUUAGCAUUUCUGCCUACUACCACGGAGAUACUUCUUCCGAUUUUGGAAAACUUCUCCUUGUUGAAGUUGUUGCUAGUAAGACUAGUACAGAAUACAAGUACUAUCAAAGGGCUACAAAAGAUACUAAGGAUUGGACAUCAUUGCCUAGAGAUGGAGUGGAAACUGAUGGAGAAACUGAUCAAAAACUUUCUGAAGGUGAAUUAAAGAAAGAACUUGACAGGCUAAAGGAGAUACAUAUUCCAUCUGGAAAGUCUGCCUUGAGAAUUACUACAGAUACUACUCUAGGUACUAGUGCAGCUGGUUUUGGGGCCUGGGAGGGAUAUAGCAUUGUUAGAGGUUCAGGAAGGAGCCUAAUCAUGAAACUGAUCAGGAUCUUCACAACGCUACUUUAA